AUGGAGAAAGACGCCAGGAAGCGGAAGGUCCCCGCCGGCCCGAGGGUCGCCCGGGGCUGCGCCCCAUGGUUCCUGCCCACGGAGCAGCUGCCGGGACCCUCCCUGCCAAGUUGCUCCGGGAAAAGCUCUCAGGUUCUCAGGCCUGCAGGGAGUGACAGUUUCCCCCUGACUGGAAGGUUUCAGGCACAGAACUGUAUAUCCAAUAAUAGUGAAAUGGAUCCCACUAAUUAUGACCGAAAUGAUGAUACAUUUAAAUGA